AUGGCUUGGGGUGCAAUUGACGAAGAGCAAGACGACUACUUCUCGUGCGACGACAGCCCCAUUACUUCCCUGUCUGACGGAUCCGAUGACAAUGUCGAAGAGAACGAAGAUUCCGACGCAGACGCAGACGCAGACAUUGUGGCCGGACAUGGCCCCAAGACUAGUACAGAGAAGCGCAGGGCACAGAACAGUAUCAUGAGAGCUUUUGCUGCUAAUAUCAGUGCACGUUUAACACAAAACGAAGUCAAUGAUGCCUUUGCAAAGAGUGCCAAAGAAGAGCAGCUCUCGAUUCGCGACAUCCUGGCACAACAGGAGACGACUGUUCGUAUCACGAACCCUCGCGAUUACCAGACGGAGUUGUUUGAGAGAGCAAAGGGCGAUAACGUCAUUGCAGUCUUGGACACGGGCUCGGGAAAGACGCAUAUUGCAACUCUUCUACUGCGGCACAUUUUAGACAUGGAGCUCGACCAUCGGGCCCGAGGCGGUAUCCCCAGAAUGGCUUUCUUUCUAGUGGAUUCAGUCAAUCUCGUGUUCCAACAGACGAACGUCUUGCGCUGCGGUCUCGAUCAGAACGUCGAAGGAAUAUGCGGUUCAAUGGGCGCGUCGCUAUGGUCAAAGUCGACUUGGCAGGGCUACUUCGAACGCAAUAUGGUCCUAGUCUGUACAGCAGAAGUCCUUGUGCAGUGUAUGAUGCAUUCUUUUACCAGUAUGGCCCGGAUCAACCUUCUGAUCUUCGAUGAGGCUCAUCACGCCAAGAGCAACCACCCUUAUGCCCGCCUUAUGAAAGACUUUUACGUAAAGGAGACGGACAUUGCCAAGCGACCUCGAAUCUUUGGCAUGACUGCGUCUCCUGUGGACACAAAGGGCUUAUCUCCAAGCCAUAUCAGAGAGGCCGCUAGAGACCUGGAAAAGCUGCUUGACGCUAAGAUUGCCACUACGGAAAGUGCUCUCGUCUCAAAUAGCAUCAGUCGACCAGAGGAAGAAGUUGCAGUAUACGCAAGGCUGAAAGAUGAGUACGAAACACCAUUACACCAAAAGAUCAAAGCGAGAUUCGGACACAUCCAGGCCUACGACAAGUUUUUCAUCGCAUCAAAACGACACUGCAGGGAACUAGGGCGAUGGGCGUCCGACACGUAUUGGUCUUUUGCCUUUGCCGAAAAUCAGAGUCGCAAACUGGAGGAGCGGGAGCACAUGAAGCACAACAAUGCUAGUCCGGAUAGAGUCAAAGAGUGGGACGCUAAACUGAAACGUCUGCAAGAGGCGGCCGAGUACGUUCAAAAGUUCGAUCCAGGCAUCUGCACUCUCAGUCACCAGGACGUGAGUUCCAAAGUUCAGAAGCUUCAUCAUUGGCUCAGCUUAUACUACGAACGCAGCGAUGAAGCCCGAUGUAUCGUCUUCGUUCAAGAGAGACAGACGGCGCAGUUGUUGCAGCUCAUUUUCUCUCAAAUUGGAGGCCCGCAUCUUCGCUGCAGUGUACUUGUUGGCAUCAACACACGUGUGUAUGAACAGAACAUAUCUCUUCGGAACCAAGUUCUCACAGUAGCAAAAUUUCGCCGCGGAGAACUCAAUUGCCUUUUUGCCACAUCAGUCGCUGAAGAAGGCCUGGACAUUCCUCAGUGCAACCUGGUUGUGAGAUUCGACCUUUAUCGCACCAUGAUCGCAUACGUGCAAUCUCGUGGGCGGGCAAGACAUCGAAACUCAAAGUAUCUUCACAUGAUUGAAGAAGGCAACCAUGACCAUCGGGAGCGGAUCAUGGAUGUGAAGCACGAUGAGCAAAUCAUGAGGAAUUUCUGCAAAGAACUCCCGCAAGAUCGUCGCGUUGACGGAUGUGACCAAGAUGGCAUCGAUCUCCUGAAGUUUGAAGACAAGUUGUUUCCAAGCUUCAUCACCAAAAUCGGUGCCAAGUUAUCAUUCCGUUCAAGUCUGGCUAUCCUCAAUCACUUCGUCGCAACUUUGCCGGGUCCCGACAGACAAACCAUGAUGCAGCCAACAUAUGUUGUUUGUCCUGACUUUAGCGGUGCUACUUCAGAUUCACAAAGGAGAGGCUUUGUGUCCGAAGUAAUACUGCCAGAGCACUCUCCAUUGCAGACGAUUACUGGCGAUGUGCAGAGCAAGAAAUCAAUCGCCAAGUGCUCAGCAGCGUACAAAGCGUGUCUUGAACUUCACAGAAAGGGAUAUCUCGAUGAUAACCUGCUGCCAACAACCUUCAGGCGCUUACCAGCUGGAAGAAAUGCUCUUCUAGCACUGAAUGAAAAGAAGAAGGGCAUGUAUCCCAUGAUGAUCAAGCCAGAAUUUUGGAAGAUAGGUCGAGGCGUGGUUCCCGCAUCUCUCUAUCUUACCGUCAUCAAUGUGGAUGCUGGCCUUGACCGACCUCAUCAACCUCUGGGCCUUCUCACUCGCAACUGGCUUCCACAGUUGCCAAAGUUUCCAAUCUACCUCGCUGAUGGAAGACCUUCCAACAUAGUUUCCCAGUCUCUUGUUGUCUCGGUUCCCCUAUCGGCAGCGAUGCUGGAAAUGCUUACAACUUUUACCCUGCGUAUUUACAAAGACAUAUACAACAAGGAGUAUGAGGAUGAUGUCCGGAAUAUCUCGUACUGGGUUGUGCCAGUGCUUCCAGAUCGAGCUCACUGCCUAUCAUCUAUGACUUCUUUGAGCCAAGUUCUGGACAUGGAUCAGAUACAAAAGGUUUUCCACCAACCAACAUGGAAAUGGACUCCAGAUACUGAGGCGAAUGACCUCAUAAACCGUUAUUUUGUGGAUCCACUGAAUGGAGGCCGACACUACUAUUCGAACCGUCUCUCACCUCACCUCAACCCUCAAGAUGCCAUUCCAAAAGGUGUUGCUCGUCAAGGCCACAGACACAUGAACAGUAUCAUGGACUACAGUGACAGCACAUGGUCAAGAAGCAGGAACCUAUCGAAAUGGAAUCCAAUUCAGCCUGUUCUUGAGGUAGAGAAGAUUCCUUUUCGCCGAAAUCACCUUGCGUGCGUCGAGGAUAAAGAGAAGGGCGAACUGGACAACCUCAAGGCGUACAUCUGUCCUGAGCCUUUUCAGAUAUCCAACCUCGCAACCCCUUUUGUAGUCAUGUGCUACGUGUUACCGGCCAUUAUCCACCGCUUCGAGAGCUACCUGAUUGCAUUGGAAGCAUGCCAGGUUUUGGAUCUCAAGGUCAGCCCACAUCUCGCCCUGGAGGCUUUGACAAAGGACUCUGAAAACUCUGAGGAACAUGACGAAGAGAAAAUCAACUUCAAGAGCGGCAUGGGGCCAAAUUAUGAGCGACUGGAGUUUCUCGGCGACUGCUUUUUGAAGAUGGCAACAUCCCUUUCAGUCUUUGUUCAGCAGCCAGACGAGAACGAGAACGAGUUUCAUGUUCGCCGUAUGCAGAUGCUCUGCAACAAGAACCUCAUGGAGACCGCAAUCGGAAAGAAGAAAGUCGUUUCUGCAGACGGCCUGGAGCAAGAUCUGCAACUGUACAAGUACAUUCGUACAGAGUCUUUUUCACGUCGCACGUGGUACCCCGAAGGCCUCAAACUACUCAAAGGCAAGGGUGCGAACAAGUCGCAAGACGACUGGCUCAAGCUCACCCACAAUCUGGGCGACAAGAGUAUUGCCGAUGUUUGCGAGGCCUUCAUUGGCGCGUCGCUGCAAGAGCACUACAAAGGCGGCCAGUGGAAAUCCAGUGACUGGGACCAAGCAGUCAAAGCAGUGAAGCUCUUUGCCAACAGCCCAGACCACUCCAUGUCAAAAUGGUCAGACUACUACGCUGCCUACCAGAAGCCCAAGUAUCAAACCGCAGAGGCAAGCGCAGCAAUGCUCGAAAUGGCCCGAAAAAUCGAGACAAAACACCCAUACCACUUCAAGUACCCCCGCCUCCUCCGCUCCGCCUUCGCCCACCCUUCGUAUCCCUAUAUCUACGAAAACAUCCCAAACUACCAACGCCUCGAGUUCGCCGGCGACGCCCUCCUCGACAUGGCAUUCAUCACAUACCUGUACUACAAGUACCCGGACAAAGACCCACAGUGGCUCACCGAGCACAAAACACCAAUGGUCUCCAACAAGUUUCUCGGCGCCUUCUGCGUCAAACUCGGCUGGCACGUCCACGUCAAGCAGAACACGGCGGUGCUCAGCAAUCAAAUCCGCGACUACGUGCUCGAAGCCGAGGAGGCGUGCCGCGAGGCCGCCGGCGCAGUAGACUACUGGGUUGCCAUCAGCGAGCCGCCCAAGUGUCUCGCAGACGUAAUCGAAGCCUACGUCGCCGCCAUGUUCGUCGACGCAGAGUUUGAUUUUGAAGUCGUUCAGCGCUUCUUCGACAUGCACCUUAAACCUUUCUUCGCGGAUAUGACUAUCGACUCGUACCAGGCGUUUGCGUCGAACCACCCGACUACGCGCUUGAGCCGCUUGCUUACGAUUAAUUUUGGAUGUAGUGAUUGGCGCAUGGGGGCGCUCGAGACGGAGACGCUGAUUCCCGGUAAAGGCAAGGGCGUUGCGGCUAUGGUCAUGAUUCAUGGCAAAGUGCGCUUCUACUCGCUGGGCCAGAGUGGGCGGUAUGCGCGCGUGCGGGCGAGCCAGGCGGCGCUGGAAAAGCUGGAUGGGCUGCCGCCGUUUCAGUUCCGCAGCGUGUAUGGGUGUGAUUGUGUGGAUGAGGGCGUGGGCGACGAGGCAGUGGUGGAGCAUGUCAAGGCCAAGGAGGAGCAGAUGAGGGAAGCCAUGGGGGCACUGAGUAUCUAG